AUGGGCACAGCACCUGCGAACGCGAUCCCCACAGCCGCCGAAGCGGCGCAAGAAAAGGUUACAGGUGAAGGGACACAGAGUGACCGUGGCAUCGAGAGAGAUUAUACAGUAUUUUCGAGGAGCCAGCGCCGGUACAUUGUGUUUAUGGCCUCGUGGGCUGGAUUCUUCUCUCCAGUCUCAUCUCAGAUCUAUUUUCCCGCCUUAAACACCUUGGCAGAAGAUCUUCAUGUCUCAAAUUCGUUGAUCAAUUUGACACUCACCAGUUACAUGAUCUUUCAGGGCCUAGCGCCCAUGUUCAUCGGUGACUUUGCCGACAAAGCUGGCAGACGACCAGCGUAUAUCGUGUGCUUUACAAUCUAUAUCGCUGCAAAUGUGGGGCUCGCCCUGCAGAAUAACUAUGCGGCUCUUUUUGUUCUGCGAUGCCUACAAAGUGCUGGGAGUAGUACCACCAUCGCCCUGUCAUCGGGGGUGGUCUCGGACGUGGCGACUGCCGCAGAACGAGGCUCAUAUAUGGGCUUUGUGACGGCUGGCUCUUUACUUGGUCCCUCCGUUGGCCCGGUUGUUGGAGGAUUGCUUGCUCAGUAUCUUGGCUGGCGAGCUAUCUUUUGGUUUCUGGUCAUCUUUGCUGGGGCUUUCAUGGUCCCAUUCCUCAUCACCUUUCCGGAAACUGCGCGGGAUAUUGUUGGUGAUGGCUCAAUACCGCCUCAAACGUGGAAUAUGUCCUUAGUUAGCUAUCUCAAGGCCCGAAAAGCGAGCGAAGAAGGCAUUGAGGCACCUGCCAAUCCUACUCGACCCAAGCUUCGAUUUCCAAAUCCCUUGCAAACUCUGGCAAUCGUCUUCCAGAAAGAUACGAGUAUUGUUCUCUUUUGCAACGCCAUACUUUUUGCUGGGUUCUACGACGUCAGUGCCACCAUUCCAUCGAUAUACAACGAAAUCUACGGCUUGAAUGACCUUCAAAUCGGAUUAUGUUAUAUCCCUUUUGGGCUCGGAUCAUGCAUUGCAUCAAUUCUCAACGGCAAAUUCCUAGACUUCAACUACCGUCGCAUCGCAAAGGCAACAGGGUUCCCCCUCGUCAAGAACCGGCACACAGACCUCAGGAACUUUCCCAUCGAGAAGGCUCGCCUGCAGAUUGCUUUUCCGAUGCUUGCGCUAGGUAGUCUUUCUAUCUUGGCGUUUGGGUGGUGCCUGAAUUUCCGAGUCCAUUUGGCUGCACCAACAACCAUUCUUUUUCUGAUGGGGCUCACAUUGACUGGAGCCUUCAAUACUAUCAGUACUAUUCUGGUCGACUUUUAUCCGAAACAGGCGGCGAAAGCUACAGCAGCCAACAACCUCUUUCGCUGCCUCAUUGGAGCUGGAGCCACGGCCUUGAUUGAUCCAAUGCUGGCUGCAAUGGGCCGCGGAUGGUGCUUCACAUUCAUAGCUCUGGUGAUGCUCGCAACCUCCCCGCUGCUGGUUCUCAUCAUCCACAAGGGGCCACAGUGGCGAGAAGAACGCCGUGUGCGAGAAGAAGUCAAAAAAACACGAGAAAGAGGCGAGAACAUAUAA